AUGACAGUGAAAAGGGAGGAUCUGCUGCGCCGUCUGCGUGAUAAGUAUUUAUCUAUGGAAUGUCCCACCCAGACCACCGUAAAUGACAAUAAUAAUAAUAAUAUUAACCGAGAUUGGCCACUUGCUGUGUUUUCAAGAAGGGAGGAAACACCAUCGGUUUUGGACUGCCCACGUUGCCGUCAGCUACUGCUUGAAUUGCAAUACUUAGAGAAGGAAAAGAGAGAUGAUUUGAGUGUUAUUGAUUUACUCACUGUAACACUUGCAUGGGAACGCGCUCAUGGCCCACGAAGACGACAGCAACAACAACAACAAGGGAUCUGUGAAUUAUCAAUGCAAAAUGCUAUAACUGUUACUCCUUCUAGUAGUAGUGACAUGAUGAGAAACCAGUUUUAUAAGAAUGAUAACAGAAAUGGUGGUGAUAAUGAAUUUGGUGGGUAUAAUAAUAAUAAUAUUUUAGUGGAUAUGACUCCCUCACGAUUAAAGGAGGCGUAUCUCUCACUUAAGGAGAAGCAGUCAAUCGCAGAAGAAGAGUGGUUUCAACAGCGUUGUCGCUACGAGAGGGAAAUUUCAGAUUUAAAGAAACAGUUGGCACAAGUUGAACGUUAUCUUAACUCAAAAAAUGAGUUAUGUGAACUUCUUCAACGAGAAUGUCGAAUUGGGAAUCGAUGA